GUAUUUGAAAUUAUAUCAUUCUCAAAUUUGCAAAUAGAUAAACCAUUUAAUUUUGUUAACUCGUAGAUUGAAACAUUAUUAAGCAGUUUUCAGAUGUCCGUUGAAAUUGAGUUCAUUUACAAAUUGGACCGCUUGUGCUCAUAAGUAUCCAACUUUGCGUAAAAAAGGAGGAUGUUACCAAUUACGUAAACUUCCGCUUGAAAAUAGACUUAUUUACAUAGAUACACUGGAGCUUUCGAGAAAUUGCCCAGAUGAAUUAUGUCCCGACUGCUAUGUUAUAAAAAAGAAAACUGACGGAAAGUUAUUACUUUGUGGGAUUAGAGUAAAUAAAAAAGGGCAAUGUUUAUGCAAGAACGUGUUGAGAAACUUCCAUACAUCUCAACUUCCCAAUUUUUUCAGCCUUGCAAAUCUUCCACCAAAGCUUUCGUUCACGAAAUACACCGCUUGUGCUCAUAAAAAUCUACUUCUGCGCAAAGAAGGAGCAUGCUAUGCAAUACGUAAACUCCCGCUUGAAAAUUGACU